GUCGUGGCGAGCGGUCGUGUCGCGGAUGUUAUCGGGAGUGCGUGUAGUGGUUUCGUGAUUUAUGUACUGACUUGGUGAAACUCAACGCGUGGAAUACAAAAAUAAUGUGAGGAAGAUGCACGAGGUUAUUAGAUGGGAUCACUAUGUAACAACGUAACAUGACUCCAAGCAGCCUCGCUCUUUACAUCACGAGCCUUCUCUGGCUUGAUCUUACUAACGCUAAGAUUGGGUACUUUUGGCACAUCACAGAUCUUCAUUAUGACCCGUUCCACAAUUCCCAGGAGCUGCAUAGAGGUUGUAAACACAAUCGUGGUAAUAGCGAGCACAGUCACCGCAAUGGACGACACCGCGACCACACAUGUGACAGUUCGUGGCCACUUAUACAAAGCGCCGCUGCAUUCAUGGCGGAGCGACAUCCGGACACACUAGAAUUUGUGCUGUGGACUGGAGACAUCUUAUCUUCAUCGAUGGAGCAUCUGAACGAGGAAAUUAAGUUGGAAGCUGUCAGAAAUGUGACCGAUAUUCUCAGUCGUACAUUUAGCAGUCAGUUCGUUUUCCCAGCGUUGGGUCAUAAUGAUCCACCACCUUCGAGAAAAUUAGUUGAUAUGUGGAUGCAGUGGUUGCCAACUGAAGCGCUGCAGACGUUUGAAACUGGAGGAUAUUAUACAAUCGAGCAAUCACAUAGCAGAUUACGAAUAGUAGUGCUAAAUAGUGUGCUGUGGGCUGGUGGAGCGGCCAAAACUGAUGGCCCACAUAGAGGAAGAUCGCAGUGGGAAUGGCUAGAACACGUUCUCAGCAAGGCAAGGAGGAAAAAUGAAAUGGUAUACCUGGUAGCUCAUGCAGGACCUGGCGUUGAAGAACGGCACAAUGCCGGUAGUUCAUCAGCAUCAGGCGGGGGUGAGCUCACGCCGACAGCCAACGCAAGACUGCUGCAUGUGAUCAGAGCCUUCAGUGAUGUUAUAGCUGGUCAAUUUUAUGGGCACCGACAUACAGAUACAUUUAGACUUAUUUAUAGCGAAGGACGACCAGUGUCCUGGGCUCUUCUUGCACCUUCAUUGACUCCUCGUGGUGCUGGUAGUAUAUCAAACCCUGGAUUAAGACUUUACAAAUUUGAAUCGAAUACAGGAAAGGUACUGGACUAUACACAGUAUUAUCUAGAUGUAACCAACACAAGGGGGGAAGCACAUUGGGCGAUAGAAUACAACGUGACACAGUACUAUGGUCUUAGGGAAGUAAGCGCCGUCACUCUGGACACACUUGCGGAGAAGAUAAGGAAUUACCAUGACCGCGGGCUGCUUGCCAAGUACUUGACAGCACUGCGUGUGCGUCAUACUACUGACAUAUCGGACUGCGACAGCGCAUGCGUACACGUCCACUUCUGUGCGAUAACUCGAGCUGACUUCCAAGAGUUUCGUACAUGUGUGCGUAAUCCCGCGUCGGCGCUUGCGUCACGGGCGCCUCACAACUCUGCCGCCAUAUUGCUUUACGCCAUUUUGAUUUUGAUUUCGUCAUAAGCAAUUAUA